AUGAAGGAUAUGUUUGGUCAGAAAGACAGAACUGAUAUAUUUGGAAAUAUCAGAUCUCUAUAUGGCUACAAAAUGGAUCAAUUGGAUAGAUUGAGCUCUCCAUAUCUACAAUACUUAGCCACAUAUAUGAUUCUGAACUCAUUGCCAAAGUCUUAUGAUACUUUCAUCAUAAACUAUAACUUGAAUGGGUGGGAUAAGCCUAUCUCAGAGUUGCACUUGUUCCUGAAAGUUGUUGAGAAAAACAUCCAAAGUAAAACCCCAGAGGUGCUCAUGAUUUGUGAAGGGCAGAUCAAGAAAAAGAAACACGAAAAGAACUUCAAGGGUAAGCCACAAGAUGGAGAAGUAGUGGCGGCAACGGGUGCUCUGUAUUUAGCAGAUAAGGAGGUGGUUGGAGGGUCACGUGCGACGGCGACAACAGCUGAUGGUGAAACAGCCACAUGGUGGCGAUGGAAACGACGAGACCCCGACGGUAGCACAGGUUCGCGAUGGUGGCUUAGGUGGUGCAAGGUGGCGACGAGGAAGCUAGAAGCGGCGGCCGGAUGGAGGGGAUAUAAGGGUAAAUGCAAAUAUUGGAAAUGGUUGGAUAUAGAACCUGUACUAAUGCCUCUAAUGGAAGUGGUGGAGGGAAUGAAAGCUGAAUUAGUAGCAUUGAAGACCGAACUAGAGAAGGUGAAGGAAGCCAUGAAACAACUGAAGAAGGAAAACCAUUAUCUUAACUUCUUGUUGGAAUGGAAUGAAGUAACUUUGACUGGAAUGGAAUCACAAAGAAAAUAUUACCUCCUUCCACUUCUACCAACUGGGGCCCUUCUUCUUGGCACGAGGACUGCAGGCGGUGGUGGAGGUGGUUGGACUGCAGGUGGUGGUGGAGGAGGUGGUGGUGGAGGAGGUUGUUGGGCUGUAGGUGCUGGUGGUGGUGGAGGAGGUUGUUGGGUUGCAGGUGGUGGUGUUGGAGGUGGUUGGGCUGCAGGUGGUUGUCCUUCAUUGCCCUUGGAUAAACAUGGGUCUGGUCUACUGCCCCUGGAUGAACUUGAUACUGCAAACAAAAAUUAA